AUGGCGUUGCCUACUACAAUGAAUGCGGUCGUCUUCGAGGGCCCCGUCCAGGAUGAGCAGGAUAUCAUUGUCAAGGUUCACAGCACUGCCCUUUGUGGAUCCGAGCUUCAUGUGUUCCGCGGUCACCAGAAGUCAGAUGCAGGUUUUAUCAUGGGCCACGAGUUCACGGGCGAGGUUGUUGAGCUAGGAAAGGGUGUAAAAUCGGUCCAGAUCGGUGACAAGGUUGUCACACCGUUUACGAUCUCUUGCGGGGAUUGUUUCUUCUGCAACAUUGGGGCUACCUGCCGGUGUGAGAAGUCCCAGUGCUUCGGUACCGAGAACCUCGAUGGAGGCCAGGCGGACUUUGUCCGGGUGCCCUGCGCCGACGGCACAGUCUUCAAAGCACCGUCGGAGAUUGACGACAAUGCCCUGAUUCUGAUGGGCGAUAUCUUCCCAACGGGCUUCUUCGGUACCAAGAAUGCUUUCGCUGGACUUGGAUCCCAGAAACCUUCCGAGGCAACUGCUGUGGUUGUGGGCUGCGGUCCCGUGGGGCUUUGCGCCAUCGUCGCGGCCAUGGAGUACAAGCCCAAGCACCUAUUCGCCAUCGACAGUGUCGAAAGCAGACUUGAGCUUGCCAAGAGCCUGGGCGCCGAGCCUCUGAACUUUGCAAAGGACAAGGAGGGUAUGCUGGCACGCAUAAAGGAAGUGACCGAUGGCCGAGGUGCCGAUGUCGUCAUUGAGGUCGUGGGACUCAGCCCGGCCCUGAGAACGGCCUUUGACAUCCUUAGGCCGUUUGGAUUCCUCAGCAGCAUUGGGGUCCAUAACGCAGAAAUCCCCUGGGACGGAGACGACGCGUACACCAAGAAUAUUCGUGUGCAGAUGGGCAGAUGUCCGGUCCGUGCAGUAUUCCCCGAGGCACUCAAGGUCCUUGCCAAGAACCAGGACAAGUUCGGAUUCAUGUUUGAUAAGAUUAUGCCGCUCAGGGAUGCGGCCGAGGGUUACGACCUUUUCAAUAACAUGAAGGUUCAGAAGGUCAUUUUCAAGCCGAACUAA